UCUGAGAAAACUGGAGACGCCAGGAGAGGACAAGUGACUUGGUUUGUGCUAAAUAAGAAGGGGAAAAAAUCUAAACAAAACAAAUUAAAAUAUGCUUUCAGGUGACCGCGGUCGUUUGAAAGCGGCUCAGGCAGAGAGCAGUGGCACGUGGAGGCGCCGCGCGCUUCUCAGCUCGCGCAAGUGUGCAGCGGCUCCGGGCGCGCGCGCUGACUAACCAGCCCUGACGCUCGAGCGCGGGGAACAAAAGGAGCUGUGGCCAAACACACGCACGCACACACACACAAGCGCGCAAACACGCACACGCGUGCAGGGUGGCUUUUGUGCGCGAUAGAGAAGCAGAAAAAAGAAAACAAGGUCGCGUGAGAGAUUAUUAUGAAGUGCGAUGGCUUGGUGCGACCGUGCGGUUCAGCUUCUCGUGGCCACCGUGGGCGCCUUCGUGGCGUUUAGCCUUAUGACCAUUGCAAUCGGCACGGACUACUGGCUCUACUCCAGGGCGUACAUUUGCAACGCGACCAAUAUGACGGCGGACGACUCUCAGCCUCAACCCAAGAAAACUCGGGGCGAUCUCACUCACUCCGGGCUUUGGAGAAUCUGCUGUAUAGAAGGUCUCAACAAGGGAAGCUGUUACCGUAUCAAUCAUUUUCCAGAUGACAACGACUAUGACACUGACAGCUCAGAAUACCUGUUGCGCAUAGUACGUGCCUCCAGUGUGUUCCCCAUUCUCAGUACGGUUCUGCUGCUUCUUGGGGGGCUGUGUGUGGGAGUAGGACGCAUCUACAUCAAGUGGAAUAACAUUUUGCUCAGUGCAGGGAUUCUGUUUGUAGCAGCAGGUUUGAGCAACAUCAUUGGGAUCAUCAUUUACAUCUCCAGCAACACUGGUGAUCCCAGCGACAAGCGUGAUGAGGACAAGAAGAGCCAAUACAAUUAUGGCUGGUCGUUCUACUUUGGGGCUCUCUCGUUCAUUGUUGCGGAGGCGGUCGCUGUCUUAGCUGUGAACAUCUACAUCGAAAAGAACAAAGAGGUGCGCUUUCAAGCACGACGGGAGUUUGUUAAGUCUGCCUCAUCCUCCUCACCAUACUCACGCAUGUCCAGCUUCCGCUACAGACGGCGACAUUCACGUUCCAGCUCGCGCUCCACAGAGGCAUCCCGCGAGGCAUCUCCAGUCGGGAUAAAGAUGGUGAGCUCUGUGCCUCUGGGUGAGAUCAACAUGUACACCCUGAGCAGGGACCAGCUAAAAUCGGGCACUGACAGCUCCUAUAGCCCUGAACACGACUCUGGAUUCCUGCAAGUGCACAACUGUUUUCCCAAAGACAUGAAUGAUACCAUCAACCGGAGGACGACACCAGUAUGAGAGACCGUAAUGUCAAAAAUGUUAUAGAAUAUACAAUGUUUUGGACAUAUAGAAGAAGCAGUAGUUCAGUUAUUGCGAAGAUUCAACUACCUAAGAAAUACCACGUUUGAUGGGGGAAUUCGAAUUGUGCUUCGACAACAGUUAAUCCUUACAUUUCGUUUGCACCAGUGUGUUUCCUCUUUGCAGUGUUAGUAAGAAAGGAUUGAAGAAACUAGCUGUGGUAAAUCUGUAUAGCUAAUUUACAAACUGUCUUUGAAUAGUGAAUUGUAAAAUUAUAUAAAUUGUGAAAUUUCAACAAACACAUCCACUACAACAAGCCGUCUGUUUUUUCGUAUGAGUCGUAGAUGCAGUGGACAUUCAGAAUUCACCAUUUUAAAUAUGACUGUCCAAAUCUAAAAUGGUGCUAUAAGAAGUAGUUUCACAGGUUUUGCCUUUUCCCUUCUUGUGUAUUUUGUAUAUACUUGAAUCCUGUAUUGCCUUGUCCAUGUCAUAUGUCUGUAAAAACAACUGUCAUAAUCUUAUCUGUGUGCCUCUCUGCUUAAUCAGGAUCAGCAAUUUUAGCUGAUCUACUACUAAGCUGUAGUUAUUUUCAAAGCAGAGAAUACUGUGUUCGAAUUAUUUUUGUGAAAAUAGAAUUUUUUUUCUAGGCUUACACACUGAGACUACCGAAUGAUUUGGAUACAAAGGAGAAAAUACAAGGCAAGCACAAAGUAUUUCAGUACUGUGAAGCUUUAUAUUUUCAAUUACAAGGUCGACAACUUGCCAUCAGCUCUCAGUUGAAAUCCACAACAAGGACCUUUGCAUCUCAAGUGGGUUAAAUCAAGGUGUAUUCUGGCGGCGUUAUGAAUCAGAUCUGGGUGAAAUCUGAAUGAUGGCUGUGCAUCUCCUCCAUGCUGGUGCAACCCUGUGUAAAUCUGAAUUGUGUGGUACUGGGACAGUGACAUUGUGAAAGUCUAAAGAUAAACAUUUGGAUGAGAAAUGCAAGACAUCCAGAACCGAAAAAGCCGUGAGAGGCAUUUCAAUGGUGCAGUCCGUUUUGCCGAUAACAAUCUAGGACAAAAAGAAGAAUAAAAGACUGUCAGUUGCAUCAAGAGGCCAAACCAGCACUGCAUAAGUGUCUUAGUUUUGUGAGCCUUAUGAUUGGAAUUCCUUUCAAAUCUGUGUGCCAGGCGGAAAUGUACUUUGUCACUGUUUAUUUUCUGAAUAUAACAGCAUGUCUGAGGUACAACCUCUUACUUUGUAAUUUAUGUUUACAAGGACACUGACAGUGGUGAGAGAAUACUGUAUACUUUCAUUGAAGUGCAUAUUACUGAGUGACUCAUCAUGAGAAAAACCAUUUCAGUUACACACACACACAC